AUGGUAUUUUUCCUCGUUGUAACGUACAUCCUGACUGUUAUCUCCAUGGCCUCGACAAACCCAAUCAUUGACGAGGAAUGGGAAAGCUGGAAGCAGGAAUAUGGGAAAAGCUACCCUAGUUUGGAGGAAGAUCAGGCCAGGAAGGAAAUUUGGCUGGACAACCUGGAGAAGAUUGAAGCUCACAAUGCUCAAUAUCGCCAUGGAAAUUCGAUGUAUGAAAUGGCCAUGAAUCGCUUUGGAGACUUGACGCCAAUGGAGUUUGAACAUUUGUUCACUGAUGCAAGGAUUUCCGAAAUGGCAAAUUAUACAGAAGUUGCAUUGUCAGAUAUUGGUGGAACUGGAAGAAAUCACCAGAUUUUGGAGGAACUGGAUGAGAUGGAGGAUGUUGUUCACUUUCCCAAAGAUGUGGACUGGCGUCGAAUGGGCUAUGUUAGUAAUGUAAAGAACCAGGGUUACUGUUUAUCCUGCUAUGCGUUUACUGCAGUUGGAGCUCUGGAAGGUCAGUUGGCCAGGAAAACGAAUCAACUCGUGGACCUGAGUGUACAAAACAUCAUUGACUGUUCUGAUGGAUAUAAGAAUUAUGGGUGCAAUGGAGGCUUGCCAUACCGUGCCUUCGAAUACGUGCGAGACCAUGGCAUUCAAUCUGAUCAGUCAUACCCGUACCAAGCAAAGAAGUUGCCUAGAUCCGAGUAUCCUCAUGCAAAGUGGCAAGCAAGUGACAUUUUGAAUAUCAACAGUAAGGGUGUCCUUCAUUCUUAA